CUUUUCAGGUUUGCCGGAAAGUGGACAGUGUAUGUUGCACUAUCCUUAAUACAACUUUUCAACGUCUUCAGACUCAAAUGCUGAACAGAUUUCAAAGUAUUAAGGCCAAAAUGCCUCGUCGUGAGUCGGCACGUCGCACACAUCCUCUUGCUUGUGAAUCAGACAUAAUUGAAACUCUUCAUAUGCGGCUCACUCUACUUCAGAUGACCUUUGGCAAACACAUCGAACGAAGACACUGUUGUUUUUUUGCUGGAGAGAUUUUGGAUGAGGUCUACAGGGUUCUGAAAUAUAUUAAAGUGACUCCAGUUCCAUUGGCCUCUCCCUAUAAAGUAACAGAUGAACUAUUUGAUCUCUCAACAAUGGCUAUGGAGUACUUCAAGGAAUACAUAGAACCUACACUUCCAGAAAUUGCGUACUUUGAAACAAAAUUUCUGGACUUCACUUCCGUCUCAUCUACUGGUUCAUCAAGUAGCAAACCAUACACGUGCCUAGAUUCUCCUCCUCAUGGUAAAAGCUUUGAUGCUGGUACAUCUGAAGACAUUGUUGAUUCUCCUCCUCAGUCAAACAUGGUGCUACGUAAGCGUAUUCGUAAAAUUAAGCAAGGAAUGAAAAGGUGA